AUGGAGACUGAGGAGGCGAUAGAUGAAGAUGAGUGUACAGUUCGAAAUCCAUGUUCCCACACUUGCCACAACGCUAUAGGAACCUAUUAUUGCUCGUGUCCCAAAGGCCUUACCAUAUCAGCAGAUGGAAGAGCAUGCCAAGAUAUUGAUGAGUGUGCCUUAGGGAGGCAUUCUUGCCAUGCUGGCCAGGACUGUGAAAACAUUAUUGGCUCUUACCACUGUGUGGUUCGGUGUGGGACUGGCUUCAGAAGAACAUCAGAUGGACUAAAUUGCCAAGAUGUUAAUGAGUGCCAGGAGUCGAACCCUUGUAAUCAACGCUGCUUCAACACCAUUGGAAGCUUCCACUGUGGAUGUGAACCAGGAUAUCAGCUAAAAGGCAGAAAAUGCAUAGAUGUGAAUGAAUGCAGACAAAAUGUAUGCAGACUUGAUCAGCAUUGCAAGAAUACACGAGGUGGCUAUAAAUGCAUUGAUCUGUGUCCAAAUGGAAUGACCAAAGCAGAAAAUGGAAGUUGUAUAGAUAUCGAUGAAUGCAGAGAUGGUACACAUCAGUGCCGCUACAACCAGAUAUGUGAAAACUCGCAAGGAAGCUACCGGUGUGUGUGCCCGAGAGGCUACCGAUCCCAUGGCAUUGGAAGACCUUGUAUGGAUAUUAAUGAAUGUGAGAACAGGGAUGCUUGUCAGCAUGAUUGCAGGAAUACCUUAGGGAGUUACCAGUGUUUCUGCCCAGCUGGCUAUCAGGUUAUGCCCAAUGGCAAAACGUGCCAAGAUAUAGAUGAGUGCCUUGAACAGAACAUCCACUGUGGACCAAAUCGUAUGUGCUUUAACACGAGAGGAAGCUAUCAGUGUAUAGAUACGCCUUGCCCGCCAAAUUAUCAACGAGAUCCUCUUUCCGGGUUCUGCCUCAAGAACUGCCCACCCAACGAUCUGGAGUGUGCCUUGAGUCCUUACGCCUUGGAAUACAAAUUUAUGUCCCUCCCGUUUGGCAUCGCUGCCAAUCAGGAUUUAAUCCGACUAGUUGCUUACACUGAAGACGGAGUGAUGCACCCGAGGACAACAUUCCUCAUGGUGAACGAGGAUUUGACAAUUCCUUUUGCACUCAGAGAUGAGAACUUGAAAGGAGUGGUUUACACAACCAGGCCUCUGCGGGAACCAGAGACGUACAGGAUGAGAGUCAGAGCUCUGUCUUACAGUGUGGACGGAGCCAUUGAAUAUCAAACAACCUUCAUCGUUUAUAUAGCCGUGUCUGCCUAUCCAUACUAGGAAAAGCACUGCCGACAGUAAUCAAAGUAUGUUAAUCACAUGCCUAUGUGCCGCUGGGUGUCACCACUUCCAGAAUCACUGUCCCUUAUCUUAAAACAGACCUUGCAACUUGUGGGGGGAGAAUGGUGCUAUGUUCUACCCUUAUUUCCUUCCCUCUGGCUGCCAAUCUGUUGCCAUUAUUCCAUCUUGACAAAAAUGACCAUAAUCCACGAUUCCUUGGAAUCUUAACCACUUGCUUUAUUUAUUACACUGGAGCAGUCACUUCUCAAAGAUUGUUCUGCUGACUCAGAACUAGUUAGAAGCUCUAAUUAGGUGGUAAUUUGGUGGUCCCAAAGUGGUAGGCAAGUAUCUCCUUGAUAUGCAAAGAGAACAAAAGUGCCACAAAGAUUUUGAAAAACUUAAUGCUGUCCUCGUUGUCUUUUCUUACCACAGUGAAAAACACAAUUUUCUUGAUAUUCACAAACACUCAAUUAAGACACUACUAGCAGGUAUCACCGCUGAGGGCUGUUACACACAUUACACAGAAGCAAACUUUGCACAAAGCCCCAAUGUGCAAAUUGAAACUGGCAAGGUGGCCCCACAAACAAAGCUCCAUUCUGCAUUGGAAACAAAGCCAUGCUUCAGUACCACCACCCCAUAAUAUUAUUAUGUGGGGCCCUUACCUAGUCUUCAGUGAGCAGCUAGAAGUGGGGAAGCAGAAAUAACAUCCUCCUUUUCCUUCUACAGUCAAACCUUGGAACUCGGAACAGCUCCAUUGCUGAAUGUUUCAGUUCCCGAACGCCAAAAACCUGGAAGCAAGUGUUCCGGUUUUUGAACAUUCCUCAGAACUCGAACGUCUGACGC